CUGACUAAGCAUCAACAGCUCACGGCUGCACGCACCGCAACCCUCGCCUCCGUCGGUCUUCCUAUGCUUCCGAUUGGCUCAAACCGGUCGCCUCGGCCAGAACUAGCCAUGACGCCAUCCCAGCAUUUAUAAGCGAGUCAUCACUGCCUGUGUACAUAUACUUAGUACAGCUCCAUCUGAUUUGUAGACACCAAUACACAGAGAGAUAUACCCAACAUGACGACAGCCAACUUUAUUCACAUCGAUACCAACUCUUAUACAGGGAAGCCUUGGUCCAAGGUGGACGGUCCUGGCCAGAACUUCGAACGCAAGAGCCAUUCUCGACAAGUUCACAACCUGCGCGGCAGAGAGCAUGAGUUCACCACCGACAACUCUGGAUUUGCAGUCUACAACUACCCCGCUAAGGAGAAGUCCUUUACCGACGAUGUCGCUGUAAGAGCGGGCUACUACCAAGAAGUUGAGGGCUUGCUACGCGACAAGAUGCCAGGCAUCAAGAAGGUCCACAUCUUCGACCACACAAUUCGCCGGAGAGUGAAGGACUCUGCGCGCCAGCCCGUACAACAGGUUCACGUCGAUCAGACCCCAGCGGCAGCCGAAGCUCGUGUUCGCCGCCACAUCCCCCAGGAAGAGGCCGAUGAACUUGUGAAAGGGCGUUACCAGAUCAUCAACGUAUGGAGGCCAAUCGAGAAUCCAGCAUCAGAUCACCCUCUUGCGGUCAUCGACUGGCGGACCACAUCUCCCUCGGACUUUAUCGCUACGGACCUUAUGUACCCUCAACGUGAUUCGCAGGAUGCCGACGAUGAUGACCGUGGCAAGGAGGUCCUACCUGAUCCGAGCAAGUACAACUCCACUGAAGGUUACGAGGUCAAGGGAGAGACCAUGGGCGUAGCACCAAACGACAACCACCGAUUCUACUACCAGAAGGAUAUGACACCAGAUGAAGUACUCCUUCUCAAGUGCUUCGACUCUUACGGCGAUGGUAUGCCUAACGGUAAGAAGGGCAUUGCUGUGCGGACUCCACACACUGCUUUUGACGACCCGCAGACUCCGAAGGACGCACCAGGCAGGCAAAGCAUCGAAGUGAGAUGCUUGGUUUUCUAUGCGUAGCGCAGCAUUGUCAGUACAUAUGAUAUCCUAGUAAUCUAUUGCUCUGUGGCCAAGUAUCUAUCCUUUUUUUCAUACGCUCUGACUGGCAUCCUUUACUUCGUUCAACGCGUAACUCAGUUCUCAGUCCACAAAUCGAUGCGAUGCUUGACAGAAGACAUUGCAACAACAAAUGUCACACGCUGUCAAAAUCUUAACUCAGGUCACUUAUGCCUGGACUGAUCCAUUUUACCCUCACUUCCCCAUUCUGCAUCGUGGGGGAGCGAGCAAAGUGAGCUAAGUUUCGGGGGUUAGUUUAAGGUUUCGCUUCCGCACAUCCAAACACCUUCGCGUCUGGAC